AAGCACCGAGCAGCGGGAAUGAGCUACCUGGACGAAGUGCCCUUCAGGACGGCCCGGAGCUUCGAAGGCGACUCGGCGAGAGAGAGCGCGUCGACCGGCGCGCCGGCCGUCGCGGUUCCCGACUGCGCCGAGCUCCUCGUGAGCACCAUGCACGACUUCUCGCUGGAAAGGAAGGUGCUUUACUGGCUUGAGGCUGCUUCUCAGCAGCAAACCUCCCGGCACCGGGCCACCUCUGAGGUUGUCCCCACGGCUCCCCCGUGCUGGCUGCUCCUGGUGGACCCCAAGGACAGCUAUGGUGCCAGCACGGAGAGCAAGGAGGCAGCGGCGGGGAGAGCCAAGGACGGCGGGACCGGCGGCUGCCCCGUGCGGAGGUGCGUGAGCCUCAGCGCCGCCGCGGAGGGUCGCGGGCACGCCACGGGCCGGAGCGCCUUGUCCGACACGGAGAGCGAGGCCUGGCCCUCCGAGGAGGAAGAGUACUUUGAGGAUGACGAGUGUUCCUCCACCUCCUGGGAAGAAAACGACAAAGAAGAAAAAGCUCGAAGGAGGCGCGGGGGCAGAGGGGUGGCUCCGUGCGCCGGGCUGCAGCAGGCCAGGCCCAAGACGUCGCCGGGCUUGCUGGAGCCCGCUUCGGAGAACGGCUAUCGCGAGCCGGCAAGCCCAGACCCGGCCAAGCAGAGGAGGUCCAUGAUUAUACUCAACAACAUGAGGAACGAGCUGGAAGGAGCCCGGAGGAAGCUGGCUGCUUUGGUGCACCCUUUGAGUAGAGCGUACGUGGAGAAGAAGCAAGCCUUCGCGCCGUCGGCCCUCCAGCAGCACCCCCGGCGUAACAGGAACGUCAAAUACCGCUCCGCCGACGCCGCCUGGCCGGGCACCCGGACGCCGGCUCCUCCUUGCUGCCGGCCGCCGGCCGCUGCCGCCUCCAUGCCGCCCGUCACGAAGCACAAGCCCACCGUCGCGUCCCUCAGCCCCUACGCCUGCCUCCCGCCGGCCUCCGCGCCCCCCCGGCCGCUGGGUUCCCACAGAGCUCACCCGGACUCGGCGGCCGACCUGCUCUCGGCGCUGAGCCAGGAGGAGCGCGACCUCAUCGAGCCCGUUACGGCCUUGGGCUAUCCCACCCGCAAAGCUAUCCUCACCCUCCAGAAGACGGGGAAGCAGAGUCUGAGCCAGUUCCUGGGGUACCUCCGUGCCUGCGACCGGUUGCUCAAGCAGGGCUACGAGGAGGGGCAGGUGGAGGAGGCCAUGGAAAUGUUCCAGUACUCGGAGAAAAAGGCAGCCGAAUUCUUGCAUCUCUUAGCUCAGUUCAACGACAUGGGUUUCCAGCAGAACGAAAUCAAGGAGGUUCUUCUGCUCUGCGAGAACCACCGGGAGAAGGCGCUGGAGGAGCUCGUGACGCAGAGGCAGUGACCGGCCGGGCACGGCGCCGCGUCCGCGGGCGCCCGGGCGCGCUUCCGUCCGUCCGUCCGUCCACGCGGCUCGCCUUCGUCCCCGUGCCCUCCCCGGGCAGCGCGCCGCCUCCCUGCCGACGGGCGCUGAAAGCCCCGGCUUGUCUUCUCGUCUCUGGGGCGGUGCGGAGCAGAGCUGCUGCGGCUUGUUCCUGCAUGGCAGGGCUUGCAAACGCAGCCACGCGUAGGUGCUUAAAAUCUCACCUGAAUCAGCAGAGAGUGUUUUCAUAAAAGCCAAACGCUUUUCUGGGAGCGUUAGUCGUUCCUUUCUGGAGAAGACUGACUCGGUCGGGGUUGAAUAUUGUAAUUAAAAUCUAGUCCGAUCACCUUAGCGUCUCCUUUUAAGCUAUGAACUUGAGAAGCAUACGUUAACUAACGCGUUAAGUGUAUUCGGUAAAACGAGAGCUGGCUCGUGUGGGGUUUUAUGCCGUGUGCGCUCAGGAAGUUCUGUGAAAUCCGAACAGAGAAAUGGAGGAAUGGCUCUGCUCCGCCUGCCUUUGGUUCUGCACCCAGACUGCGAAAACGCAGGGCAGGUCCCCCAAAAUUGUGGAGACAGUGGCUCGAAAUCAAGUUCUGCACAAAUGUCGAGAUCGGGAAAUUCUGGAUGCGUGGGGGAAUUUUUGUACGUACCUGAAAUAUGGAGAACACAAGAUUCAAAUCACCUCACUACAUGUUUCUCUGGCUUUGGCAAUGUAACGAUGGAUAAUUUUUUUCACA